AUGCGGAGAAAGGUCUUUGGGUUCAAACUAAGUGGGACCCCCAAAGGGGCAUGCUACUGCCCACAGCUUCCCUGGCUCUUCUGCCUUGUGACCCUGGUAAACUGUGCAGUGGUUGGUCAUUUCUCAGCCACCAGCUUCCCAGGCACAGUUGCUUGCUAUGAUGAUGAAAUGAAGAUUGGAUUUCCUGAAGAUCUUGCCAAUGAGUCUUGGCAAGCAGAUGUGGUUGAUUCCUUUGGCAAUGAAAUCUUGAAUUGUGCCCCUGUUAUGAACUCAGAAAAUCUUACCAUGAGAGUCAUGUAUGAGAGCUGUGCUGAAAGAGUGCAUGGGAAGUAUCAAGUAAAUCUGCGGUUCCUGCCCAACAAGAUCACAAGCAACCAGACUAUAAUCUACCAGGUCGGAUGUCCUGCCAUUCAAGGUGAUGAGGGUCGUGGUGGAAUUUUGACAGCCACAAACUGUACCAAAGAUUCUAUGUCUAUUUCCUUUCCACAGAACCUACCUGAUUUUGAUGAGACUAUGGUUUCAGAACCUCAGAUGACUUGGAUGGUCAUUGUGGGUGAUAGCCCUAGAACACAAACACUUUCUCUUCAUCAAGCCAUGCAGCAGGGCUACACUUUCGUCAGGGAUGCUAGGAAGGUCAUCCUCCAAGUUUCUUUCGAUGCUGCUGGAGUCCUGCACUAUGAGCAAGGAGACAAUCACCUGUAUACCCUGGCUCUCCAACUUACAUAUGGAUCUCCUGAACAGAGACUUACCCUCUCCUCCCGAAUGGUUUGCAUAUUAGGUCCAGCCACCUGUAAUUCAACACAUCUGACUCUUAUUAUACCAGAGUUUCCAGGGACAUUGACAGCCAUAAAUAUAGAGAAUCAGAAUAUUCUCAUCAAUAUGUCAAAGAGCAGUGGUAUUGCUUUAGAAUCAAGAAAUGGUUCAAGACUUCACUUCAACAAAAGAAUUCUGAAAUCUAAAGUGUCUGAGAAUGGUGCAGGUGUUCAGUUUUACUUGCCUUUAGUAAAGCUAAUUUUUGAUUAUUAUGGGGAUAUGGUACCCACGAUCAUCAAUCCUGUAUCCUGUGAGUCACCUGUUUCAGUAGUUAUAGAUGGUACCUGUACCCAAGACGGCUUUAUGGACUUUGAGGUCUACAGUCAUCAAACUAGGCCAGCCUUGAACCUGGACACACUCCAAGUAAGAGACACAUCCUGCCAGCCAGCCUUUAAGGAUCCAUUUCAGGAGAUGGUUCGAUUUCAUAUACCCCUGAAUGGGUGUGGAACAAGUGCAAAGUUUGAAAGAGACCAAGCUGUCUAUGAAAAUGAAAUACAUGCUCUUUGGGCAAAUCUCCCCCCAAGCAAAAUCACGAGAGACAGUGAAUUCAGUUUGACAGUGAGAUGCUAUUAUAGCAGUACUGACCUCAUAGUCAGAACAAACAUCAGCAGUCCUCCUUCUCCAAUUGCUUCAGUGGAACCAGGAUUAGUUUCCUUAACCCUUCAGAGCUAUCCAGACAAGUCCUAUCUACAACCUUAUAGGGACAAUCAGUACCCAAUUGUAAAAUUCAUGCGUCAACCAAUUUACUUGGAAGUACAAGUUAUAAAUAGAAAUGACCCAAACAUCAAACUAGUCUUAGAUGACUGCUGGGCAACAACAUCAGUGGACCCUGCCUCUCUUCCCCGCUGGAAUGUCAUUGUAGAUGGCUGUGAUUAUAAACUAGACAACUACCGCACAAAAUUUCAUCAUGUGGGCUCUUCAGUGAAAUACCCUAAUCACUACCAAAGAUUCGAAGUAACUACUUUUGCUUUCGUAUCUGGUGGUCAAGCUCUCUCUAGCCUGAUCUAUUUCCACUGCAGUGUCUUGCUCUGUGACCAGUCCUAUCCAGAUUCUCCUUUGUGUUCAGUGACUUGCCCUUCGUCAUCUAGGACCAAAAGAGAGACCAUUAAAGAAAAGCCUACAAUUACAAGUCUUCCUGGACCUUUCCUCUUGGUAUCAGAUUGGGCCCCCUCAUUUAGAGGACCCAUGGAUUCUGAAAGACCUUGGCUCAAAAAAACAAGUAUUGCCCUCAAAGUAGGGGCUGUUCUAGUUGUAGUAAUAUUUGUUGUGGUAAUACUUUGUCUUGUUAAAUGCGUGCUAGGUAGGACAAGAACUGUGGUUUAA